AUGACGACCACGGACCUACCUGCUACAUCUUCUCCCAUGGCACAUGGCGAUAACGAACAGCCUACCUCGCCAGAGCUCACAGACGAACCCAGCGAUGUGUGGAACCUCUACCGUGCCGAACAGGACGGGGUAUGGACGACUGAAAAGCCGAAAGACCUGUCCCUCACCGUCGAACCGGCCGACUCCGACUCCUCUUGCUGGUAUGCUAUGGCGGUGCGCUGGACUAAGGAGGAAGGUGAACGGCUGCAGGUCCACUCGAUCACUCUCCGCAACGAGGCGGUCAAGAAAGCCCUAGGCCCCGUUUUCGCGGAUUACCCCGGGAUCACCAUGACUCUGGACCACGUCGACUUCUCGUCCCCCUUUGUCCCGUUCGUCCGGCGAUGGGACCAAUUCUGCCAGGCUCGUGAAAGCGAGCAAGAUCCUGCCGUUCAACCCUAUCUGAACAUCCUCCAUCGCACUUUAACAAGGGAGGUGGGCGAUAUCUUGGCGCGCCGCGCCGAUUGCCUGAAAAACGGCGUCAUCACCCACGACCUCCUCUGGACCCUCUUCAGCCCGCAUACGAUUCUGCUCUCGACGCAGGAAGGAUGGCCGCGCGCGUACAAGUCCGUCGACUCCUGGACUCAUGGCCCCGACGGUCCCCUGGACAUCAAGGCGGGCUAUGUCGACUACAACGGCGAGGAGUACUAUAUGCGGUAUCAGAACUUCAGCAUUUGUCCCUUCCAAGGGACAAUGGCCAUCGACAAGCUGUCGCUAUUUCCCUUGGAGAACCACGCUGACCCUGAGGCCAUGCGGAGUCGCCUCGUCACGCGGGGCCAAAAUUUGGAGACGUACAAGGGGUGUUACUACAGACAAUUCAAAGGCCCCGGACGGAUUGUAAUUGACGCGGUCGGGUAUCACAAGCACAGCGGGAUGUCGUUUCACAGUGGAAACGAGGAGAGGAUCGAAGAACAACCCCUGAAUAACGAGCAACGGCUGCUGGCCACGCCAAUCUUGAAGGGUUACUCGCUGCGGAAGAAGACCUGGCGACCCUUCCUGAUUGACUAUGUCGAGGAUGUCGUCUGGAAUGACCGCGCAUUCGAGUCGUUGGUCUUACCUUGCGGGCAGCAAGAUCUUAAACGGCUUAUUCUGGCAGUUGCCAAGGCACAGUCCCUGGAUCUGUUCGAUGACGUGGUCCGCGGCAAAGGCCAGGGCGUCAACAUCCUACUCAGCGGUCCCCCAGGGGUAGGCAAGACCUUGACGGCAGAAAGCAUCGCGGAAGUCAUGAAGGCCCCCCUUUAUAUCCUCAGUGCGGGCGACCUUGGCAUCAGCGCCGAGAAGGUGGAAUCCACCUUGGAGGAAGUUCUGGAGAUCGUUCCCCGGUGGGGAGCGGCUCUUCUCAUUGACGAGGCCGAUGUGUUCCUGGAAGCGCGAACGACCUCAGACCUCGCACGGAAUGAGCUGGUAUCAAUCUUCCUGCGAAAGCUCGAAUACUAUGAGGGCCUCCUCUUCCUCACAAGCAACCGGGCUGAAAACAUCGAUCCUGCCUUUGACUCGCGAAUCCACAUCUCCCUGCACUAUCCGGACUUGGACUCCGUCUCCCGCCGACAGAUCUGGGUGCAGUUCCUGGAUCAGAGUACGGGAUUCAUGGAGACACAUUUUGACAGCCUAGCAGAGAUCAAGCUCAAUGGGCGGCAGAUCAAGAAUAUCCUCAAAACCGCCCAUCUGCUGGCGCGAGACCAGGAACGAGAGCUGCGCUAUGAGGAUCUUGAGACGGUGAUCAGUCUGCGGUCACUCAGCCGGGGUCUUGUAUGA